UUUCACCAAUUCCAUAACCCUAGAUUUCUCUACAGCCACCACACACAAUGGCUGCGAUUGAAUUACACAAGCCGGAGAUCAACGCCGAUGACGACGAAGACGAAUCUCCGGUGGAGGAGGUUCGUCUCACUGUAUCAAACCACGACGAUCCUUCUUUACCCGUGUGGACGUUUCGGAUGUGGUUUUUAGGGCUUCUCUCUUGCAUUCUCCUCUCGUUUCUCAACACUUUCUUCGGAUACAGAACUCAGCCACUGAUGAUCACUAUGAUCUCUGUUCAAGUGGUUACGUUGCCUUUAGGGAAGCUUAUGGCUCGUGUUUUGCCUGAGACUAAGUAUAAGAUUGGUUCGUGGGAGUUUUCGUUUAAUCCUGGUCCCUUUAACGUCAAGGAACAUGUGUUGAUCUCUAUGUUUGCUAAUGCUGGUGCUGGAUUUGGAUCUGGUACUGCUUAUGCUGUUGGAAUUGUUGAUAUCAUCAUGGCUUUUUAUAAAAGGAAGAUUAGUUUCUUGGCUAGUUGGAUUCUUGUCAUCACUACUCAGAUUCUUGGGUAUGGUUGGGCUGGUAUCAUGAGAAAGUUAGUGGUUGAUCCUGCACAGAUGUGGUGGCCAACGAGUGUUCUUCAAGUCUCUCUGUUUCGUGCUCUUCAUGAGAAGGACCAUGCGAGAAUGUCGAGAGGGAAGUUCUUUGUGAUUGCGUUUGUUUGUAGCUUCGCGUGGUACAUAUUCCCGGCUUACUUGUUCUUGACCUUAUCAUCAAUAUCUUGGGUUUGUUGGGCAUUCCCUAAGUCUAUCACAGCUCAGCAGUUAGGCUCUGGAAUGUCAGGACUUGGGAUAGGUGCAUUUGCUCUUGAUUGGUCUGUUAUAGCUUCUUACCUUGGAAGCCCUCUUGUGACUCCCUUCUUUGCAAUUGUCAAUGUCCUUGUUGGUUACGUUUUAGUCAUGUAUAUGGUUAUACCAAUAUCAUAUUGGGGCAUGAAUGUGUAUGAAGCAAACAAGUUUCCAAUUUUCUCCUCUGAUCUGUUUGAUAAGCAAGGGCAGCUAUACAAUAUCUCAACCAUUGUCAACAAUAAGUUUGAAUUGGACAUGGAGAGUUAUCAACAAGAAGGUCGGGUUUAUCUCAGUACAUUCUUCGCUAUCACUUACGGGAUUGGUUUCGCAGCAAUCGUUUCCACACUGACUCAUGUUGCUCUCUUCAAUGGAAAGGGAAUAUGGCAACAAGUACGAGCUUCAACCAAGGCUAAAGUAGACAUACACACAAGGUUAAUGAAGAAGUACAAAGACAUACCAAGUUGGUGGUUUUACGGUCUGCUCGCUAUCUCAUUGGUACUAUCUCUUGUUCUCUGCAUUUUCAUGAAAGACGAGAUCCAAAUGCCUUGGUGGGGACUCCUUCUAGCAUCAUUCAUGGCCGUUACCUUCACUGUACCAGUCAGCAUUAUCACAGCUACUACUAAUCAGACUCCAGGUCUGAACAUUAUCACAGAAUAUCUCAUGGGUGUGUUGUUACCGGGGAGACCAAUAGCUAACGUCUGUUUCAAAACUUAUGGGUACAUAAGUAUGUCACAAGCUAUAUCAUUCCUUAACGACUUCAAGCUAGGCCAUUACAUGAAGAUACCACCAAGAUCGAUGUUCUUAGUCCAGUUCAUAGGAACGGUGAUAGCAGGAACAGUGAAUAUAUCAGUGGCAUGGUACUUGCUGACAUCAGUAGAAAACAUCUGCCAGAAAGAGUUGCUUCCUCCAAACAGUCCAUGGACAUGUCCAAGUGACAGAGUUUUCUUCGACGCAUCAGUGAUUUGGGGAUUAGUAGGACCCAAGAGAAUCUUUGGUCGGCUAGGAAACUACCCUGCACUAAACUGGUUCUUCUUAGGUGGACUAAUAGGACCUCUAUUAACGAUGGAGACUGCGACUGGAGAAAUCACCAUCGUCUGCAACCACUGUGACAGAGACAUUCCAUCACUGAAUAUCGAUCUGCAUCGUGUACAUUGUGCCCGGAAUUUAGAAAAAUGUAAGAUUUGUGGUGAUAUGGUACCCAAAAAGCAUGCUGAGGAACACUUCUUGAACACACAUGCUCCGAUAGCAUGCUCGAUGUGCAAAGAGACCAUAGAACGUGAGAUUUUCGAUAGUCAUAAAGGAGAAAUAUGCCCGAAGAGGAUUGUAACAUGUGAGUUCUGUGAGUUUCCAUUGCCUGCGGUUGAUCUUGCUGAGCAUCAGGAAGUAUGUGGCAACCGGACAGAACUCUGUUAUCAAUGCAACAGCUAUGUUAGAUUGAGAGAAAGAUAUAACCAUGAAACCAAAUGCCCUGGCACUGUGCUCAACAAUGCUGAAUCAUCUAGAAGGAUCCCGAGAGCAGCAGAAGGAGAUGGAAACGGUAGAAGACGAAGAGAUGGGAACGGUGUUUCGCACAAAAGGCUUUUCUUCACGAUAGCAAUAACGGGAAUAGCUGUCUUCAUAGGAUCCUUGUUCUUCCAGAGGAAGCCUGAGUAGAGGCAUAGCUUAUGUGUAAUUCUGUAAAUUUGUCUCAAAUCCUUCAGACAGAUUCUAAGGAAGGGUUUAUACAUUUUAAUGCUUACCAAGACAAGAGAAACCCCAAAAGAUUGUUUGAGCUGAUCACCAUGAGACUUGCUUUUGUAUUUCAUUUUAAUAAAAGAGAUUUCAGAUU